AUGAACGCUCCUGACCGGUAUGUUGAGAAUGAUUUUUCUCUUCCCUGUCUCCAAUAUGGUCUGCCCGCAUCCUUGAAGUACGAGCUUGGACGUCAUGCAAAACCGCGGUCUGCCGCGAGUCAGCGUCAGCGUCGCCGUGACGAUGGCGGGGGCGAGCUCCGCGAGGAAGGUGCGGUGGACGUGCCUGCCUCCCCCUCUCUCUCGCCCUCUGUGGUCUGCUGCCUUCCACCGCGCCUGCCUAUUCCCACCUCACCUUCGUUUGCCGCACUGUGA